GGUGCUAGCCUGUUGUCCAAUCAAAAUUUGUAAUUCCCAUUUAAAAAAAAAGGAACUGAAAAUGCCGAAAAGGGUUAUAAAAAGUCGUCAGCGCAGAGCUGCACAGCCCAAACGAAGAACCCACGAAAAAGCAAAUCAGAAUGGACCCCUGCCAAACAAUGAUAUAGAUGUUUUGGUAAAUAAAAAGGUUAAAGAGAUAGCCGAGGCUACGUUUUCCAAAAGCGAAAAGGAUUACAAACCCCUAAUGUCGUCUUCGAUGCCAGCCAACGACGGGUCCGAGAACGUUCAGCUAUGUGAUGCUCUGCAAAAAACUCGAAAAUCAUUCUUAUCAGCGAUCAAAACAAGUGCUCCGAACUUGGAAAGGGGUCUAAAUAACACUAUUAGCUGGUAUGACCACGAUACUAAAACCAAUUUUCAAGGCUCAAUAACAGCCAACAAAGCGACAGAAACUUAUAAUGUUAGAACUACUACAAACUCUAUUUUGCCAUUGGUGUCGAAAAUUUGCAAGCAAAUUAAGUCACAAUUUGAUAUAGUCCUUCCAAAGGGAAAUGUGUGUGUCGUGUCAAACAACAAUUCUCAAAAACUGAAGAACAUAGGACUCAGGAUUACUCCAGAUUUUAGGUUAACGGUCAAUGUGGAUAAGAGUUUUGACCAUGACUCCAUCGAGUUCGAACCAACUACCAAAACUGGUCAGAUCUUCAGAGCGGAAUGCUUAAAGCCUGAAGUAACCCCUAAAGAUCAGAAAUCGGUGCCAAAUGUAAGCUGCGAUCUCGAGUCCUUCAUUAAGGUUUUAGGCAACAGUGGCUAUUUCGUUCUGACUGGCACUAAUGCUCAGUUGAAACAUCAGUUUUCCGAACUAGCAGCCAGAAACGUUGUUGUCCAAUCAUAUACACGUCUGCCUUCCGAGAUGGUGGAAAAGUUGGAGGGACAGUUCGUGGGGCUAGAAAGGAACCGACAACAAAUUCUGGAAAAUAUCGCUGGCAAGCACGCAACUCUGGCACAACAACGAGUUCCUAGAGAGAAAAAACAUCGUAAAAUCGAGAAGAAGAAGUACUUUUAAAGACGUCAUUAAAUACUAUAACUGGAAUAAAGAUUUCAAAGAGUGUAAGCAAGCA